CACACACGUUGUUAUAUAUAUAUAUUUUUUUUUUUUAACUAAGAUGUCCCAAAUCCUUUUAGAGGACUUUCUUUAGUUGAGAAUGUGCCUCCAUUUCUGUUACCUACAACUGGUGACUACUUUCCUGUCCUCUUCAUAUCCCGACCCCCUGUGUCCGUAAUGUAUGGAAUAGGUGAUGGUGGAGGAAUCUCCUUCCGUAAUGACUCCUCCCCAGGAUACGGGCAGCCGGGGUAACCUCUCCUCCAGCCUGAAGAGGCGUACAUUGUCUGUCUGUGUACUGUCAUGGCCCCACAGAUAUUUAACCCCUCAUUCACCUCUGAGAGAGGAAUAGUGGUCACAUGACAGAGAACCUGUGGUUAUAUAGACAUAGAGACUUAUCCCACAUGGUCCCUGGUGGAGGAGACUUUGGAGCAGUCGUUUUCUUACUACAGAAAGUUUGAUAGAAGACGAAGCCGCAACUGUGCGUUCCCUCUGUGGACACAUAGAAUCCUCUAAUAAGGGAUUAGAGACCAGAUUUCUACCCCAGAUGACCCAUUUAUUACCGAAAUGUCUGUGUCUCCUCCACCUGCUGACAAUGGAUUCCCCUGAGGAAGGAGUGACAGCCGAGUCUCUGUAGGGACCAGCAGCUCCGGGCCUGGGAUUUCACUGCGGGUCUGACUUGAUUAUCUGAUGUUUUAUCAGAAAGUGGGGGAGGGGCAGAAUAUUGUUAUUGAGGCCUGAUAAAUAACCUAGAGGUGAGAAGUGUAUGAUAUAUAUAGAUGGAUAUACAGGAGCUGAUGUAUUCAUUCCCUGUGUGUUCCCUACAGAUGGAGUCAUUGAUAGAAAUCCACUCGAGAGGUGUCCCCGUCCUCUGUAUUCCCAGGACUGUCCAGAGGGAAAUGUCCCAGAGAACCAUCAGGGUGAAGAUCUGAUGGAUAUUAAGGUUGAGAUUAAAAUUGAACCAGAAGAGGAGACCGAUUUGGGGGCCGAUCAGCAGUAUGGAGUCAUUGAUAGAAAUCCACCCGAGAGGUGUCCCCGCCCUCUGUAUUCCCAGGACUGUCCAGAGGGAAAUGUCCCAAAGAAGAAUCAGGAUGAUUACCUGACUAUUAUUAAAGUGGAGGACGAAACAGAAAAAGAGAGCUUGAAGAGUGAUCCUCCGAGGGAAGUGAAGGAGGAAAUUCCAGGAGGUGUUAACCCAGUAAAUCCCAGUAAGAAUUCUGAGGGAAACUUCAUGUUAUCCCUGAAUGAUAAAGGAGAAGAUGAAGAUAUGAUGGAGCGCUCCUCAGGAGAAGACCUCCUUACCCCUAAUGUCCAUCCAGAUCUAUCCUAUAAUAAUCCACCUGAUCAUGAGGAACCUUCUCCUGACCAACCACACAUUGUUACCACAAGGACAGAUCAGGAACAUGGGAAAGGUUUAUAUUUGGAGGAAUGUGGGAAAUGUUUUACGAAAGGAUCAGAUCUUGAUAUGCAUCAAAAUAGUAACACAAGACAGAAGCUAUAUUCAUGUUCAGAAUGUGAGAAAUGCUUCAAAAGUCAAUCAGCUCUUAUUAUACAUGAGAUAAUUGAUACAGGAGAGAAGCUGUAUUCAUGUUCAGAAUGUGGGAAAUGUUUUAAAAACAAAUCAUAUCUUGUUAAACAUAAUCAAACUCAUUCAGUAGAAAAGCCAUAUUCAUGUACACAAUGUGGGAAAUGUUUUAAACGUAAAGCACACCUUGCGUUACAUAAGCAAGUUCACACAGAAGAGAAGCCAUAUUUAUGCUCAGAAUGUGGGAAAGGUUUUAAGCGUAAAUCACAUCUUGAUAAACAUGAGCGAAUUCACACAGGAGAGAGGCCUUAUUCAUGUUCAGAAUGUGGAAAAUGCUUCAUAGGUAAAUCACAUCUUGUGUUACAUGAGAGAACUCACACAGGGGAAAGGCCAUAUUCAUGUUUAGAAUGUGGGAAAUGUUUAACAAGUAAAUCAAAUCUUGUCAAACAUGAGCGAGUUCACACGGGAGAGAGGCCAUAUUCAUGUUCGGAAUGUAGGAAAUGCUUUAAGGACAAAUCACAUCUUGUGUUACACGAGAGAAUUCACACAGGAGAGAAGCCUUAUUCAUGUUCUGACUGUGGGAAACCUUUCACAGAUAAAUCAGACCUUGUUAAACAUAAGAGAAUUCACACAGGAGAGAAGCCGUAUUCAUGUCCAGAAUGUGGGAAAUGCUUUUCGCAGAAAUCAACUCUCGUCGUACAUGAAAGAAUUCACACAGGAGAGAAGCCGUAUUCAUGUUCUGUAUGUGGAAAAUCUUUCAGAGAUAAAUCAGAUCUUGUUAAACAUGAGAGAAUUCACACAAGAAACUGAUACAUCAUUGAGAUAUAUUAUGUAGAAUGGAUAUAUAUGAGAAUAUGGGGCUUUAAAAUGUGUAAAUUUAAAUGAAAGUUUUAAAAAUAUCCCCCUCCCCAAUUAAAAAUGUGAAUUACCUCCAUUUUUUAAAAUAAAAAAAGUAAACUAAACAAUAUGCUGCGGUCACUGGGAAUCAAAAGUUCUGGUCUGGGGUGAGAUCUGGAACAGACGCGUUGCAGUUCUUAAAGGGGUACUCCGCCCCUAGACUUCUUAUUCCCUAUCCAAAGCAUAGGGGACAAGAUGCCGCCUCGGAGAAAACGUAGCUCGGGGCUGCUGAGGUACUGGGCUCCUUUGGAUAGGGGCUAAGAUGUCUAGGGGCAGAGUACCCCUUUAAAAUAAAUGAGGUGACGUGAUAUACCUACUCCUUAAAUACACUUCGCAACCGAAUUGGUCUCCAAAAAAUACUAAAAAUGCAAGAACAUUUGAGUCUCCCGCAGUCCGAAAAUAGAAAUAUGGAAAAUGCCUAUUAGUGAUUUUUUUUUUCUUCUCUUUUUAGUUUUGGUGUUUUACAUAAAUAAACAUUUAUGCGCUCAUGUUGUAUCAAGCAUGUUGCAUUAAUCUUUUGCCAUUUUUAGCAACUGUUACCUUUACACAGCAAAUAUAUUAAAUGGGUACUCCGCCCCUAGACAUCUAACAGAUGUUAGAUCGCGGGGGUCCUGCUGCUGGGGACCCCCGGGAUCUCUGCUGCAGCACCCACCUCAACGGCUUCCGGCAACGCUGGAGGCUUCGGAUCCCGACCACACGAGCGAAAGAGCGUGAUGUCAC